AUGGAUAAAAUUGCACCAUCGUCUAUUUAUUUCUUACUUACAAUAUUAUCAUUAUCAAUCUUAGUAGUUAGCCAAGCCUCUAAUAAUGGAUGGAUCACUGAUGCUCAUGCCACAUUUUAUGGUGACAUUAAAGGAGGAGAGACUAUGUAUGGUGCUUGUGGGUACCACAAUCUAUUUGAACAAGGUUAUGGUCUUGAAACAGCAGCAUUAAGCACAGCAUUAUUCAACAAUGGAUUAGCGUGUGGGUCAUGCUAUGAAAUACAAUGCAUAAACUCCCCAAAUUGCAUACCUAGGGCUGACUCAAUUAAGAUCACAGCUACAAAUUUCUGCCCUCCUAAUUACACAAAAACAGUUGAUAUUUGGUGUAAUCCCCCUCAAAAACACUUCGAUUUAUCGCUAAAAAUGUUUAUAAAAAUUGGAAUACAAAAAGCCGGUGUAAUACCAGUACAAUUUCGUAGAAUUUCGUGUAUUAAGAAAGGUGGAAUUAAGUUUUUACUUCAAGGUAAUUCGGGUUGGUUGCUGGUACUCGUGUUCAAUGUUGGAGGUGCUGGUGAUGUUGCUAACAUGAAAAUCAAGGGUUCGAAUUCGAAUAAUUGGGUCCAAAUGAGUCGUAAUUGGGGUCAAAAUUGGCAAGUAAGUUAUGGCAUGGUUGGUCAAGGUUUGUCAUUCCAAAUUACUACUAGUGAUCGUAAAAUGGUUCAGGCUGAUAAUGUUGUGCCUUCUAAUUGGAAAUUUGGCCAAACAUUUGAAGCCAAACAAAAUUUCUGACUUUUUGUGUAACCUUUUUUUAUGGUUAAUCCAUGGAAAAAAAUUUGAAUUUUUCUUCAUUAUUGCAUUAUUAUGUAUGAACAAGUAUUGGGAAAAUCUUUGCCCUUGGAAAUUAUGUUUUACUUUUUCAAAUUAAAAAGGGUUGUGAUAUGUUUCUAUUUUUAUUGUAUGUGUCGAUUAAUUG